CCAAAGUGUAAUUUUCCUAAAGGCGUCAGAAACAAUUAAAGGGGAAUAUUCAUCGUGAGUCCCUCAUUUGAAGACCGCGCUUCUCUUGGCACACCAGCAACCGAAUAUCCACAAAGUGCAUUUUUUCAAAAUGGUUACUUUCCGUGAAGAACAUAAUUUUACACCGAAACAGACACACACACACAUGCAACACAUUUGAGGAGUUGUGGGGCUUGGGAUACGCAGUCCUGAGUGCGCACCAGAGUGGAACAACAGCCUUUGCGCUUGGGAGUAGGCUACCUACCGAGAUGGCCAACAAGGGGACUCAACUUCAGAGCCUGUCAAAAGUGUUUGUUCUGCUCAGCAUAAUGACAGUCAAGACCAAUCCACUUGAGACGGUCAACGUGGUGGACUUCUGUGGCCAGAACAUCCAGGGCGAUGGGAUGAUCGUCAACUCACACCAGGAGUCCAAGAAGUAUUACUUUGUCACCAUGGGAACGGACUGCCACCUCACCAUGCAGGCCGCCUCCCCCAAGGACAAGGUCCAGUUCCACUUCCGCUUCUUCCUGGUCUACAGCCUGCUUCGUUUAGCUCCCCAAAGUCCAUCCCCCCUCUUCCCUGAGUCCCCUGAGUCGACUCCAGUGGUGGAGCAAGGGGACCCAUGUCAUGCGGGAUCAUACAUUCAGUUCUAUGACGGGCGGGACAAGAACUCGCCUCCUAUUGGACCAACGCUGUGUGGGAAGAGCCCACCUCGCCCGGUGCUGUCCACAGGGAAUCACCUGACCCUGCGUCUGGUGACCCAAGGUACCCUGCCUCGAGUGGAUUUCGUGGGGGACUUCACCUCCUUCAGACUGGGUUUUAACCAAUCAGCGUGCAGCAGUGAGCCUUACUUCCCAUGUCGGAAUGGGAAGUGUAUCCCCAUGAGUCUGGUGUGUGAUGAAAAGGGCAUUGAUAACUGUGGGGACGGGAGUGACUUGGAGGAUCACCUGCCCUCAGGGUGCAAAGGUCACUCAGGUAUCACACCUGUGCAGCUACCUGUUCAACAGGCCUUUAUAGGUGGUCUAUGUGGCCCCCAACAAACUUCAGACUAAGUCUCGCUAUUAUUACACUAUUACACAGUUUAUACACUUUUAAAGGAGUUGGGGCAGUCCCUCUCCUCACAUAUUUG